AUGAACGUCAAACUUUUAGCGGAAUCAGCCAAUGGGGGCUCCAGCGUUCCCGUCAAUGGGGAAGAUGCCACCGUCCGAUUUGCGAAACUCAAGGCUGUUUACGAGAAACUUCGUAUUCAGGCUCGAUUGGAGAAGUUGCGCGAGUUAAAUCAAUCUCGAACUAUCGAGCUAACUUAUCUUCGACACGAGCUGGCCGAAUUCAAAGCACACUAUAAACAUCUGGUAGCGGUGGACUCAUUGUUGCCCCUUAACGAGGUGAACUGCUUCUAUUCCGGGAAGGAAAUCGAAGGUGAUGUACCGGGUCCGAUAGCAACAUAG